AUGUAAAAGAACAUUCUCGUUUUAGCUUCCACCCUUGCUCUUGUUGGAUUCACUUCUGCUACCUAUAGCUUAGGAGCUUGCCCAAAAGUUUAACUCCAAAAAGACUUUAACAUCACUAGAUACACUGGUACCUGGUUUGAACAAGCAAGAGAUCACACUAUCCCAUGGGAACACGGUACUUGCCCUCAAGCCAGAUAUAACCUUGAAGCUGAUGGAAAGAGCAUUGCUGUUACCAACUCAGAGUUUAACCCAAAGACUGGUAAAAUUGAAAUCGCACCAGCUAAUGCCACCUGUACAAAUCAAGGACCCGCUUGCAAAGUCAAAUUCAACAAUUAUCUACCAGAGGGAGACUACAGAGUUUUGUCAACUGAUUAUACCAACUAUGCCAUUGUUUACUCAUGCACUGACAUCUUUGGCUUCUCAAAAGAAGAGUACAUGUGGGUACUCACCAGAGCCUAGAAUGUUUCAGAUGAAAUCGCCAGCAUUGUACAUGAAAAAAUUACCGCUGGUACUCCAGACUUCAAUCUUGGCAACAUUCAAAUGAACAACCAAGCUGCUGAUUGCCAAUAUCUCGCUUGA